AUGCUCGCUAUGCUACACUUCAGUAAUCCUGCAACCUAUCUCGAAAUCUACAACCCAUCCAAUCGAUGGGAUAAAGAGGAAAGCCUUUAUCAUAGCUUUGGAGAGGACCGGUCGUCGUUUGGCUUCUUGACAUACAAAGAAGCAAAGGAACGCAAGGAUGUUCUGAAUCGCAUGCUCUCCAGGAAAGCUAUCCUUGGCUCACAGGGAAUCGUCCAGGAGAAAGUUGUGGAACUAUGUAAAUCUUUCGAACGGAAGAAAAACUCAACAGUAAACCUCUUUUACGCUUUCCGAUGCAUGUCGAUUGAUGUCAUUACCUAUCUCUGCUUUGGCAGCUCAGUUGAUGCUAUUAAUGCACCAGAUCAUCAGGCACCAAUUAUCAUAGCGAUGGAUGCGUCAUUGCCUGUGUUUGUUCGCUUCAAACAUUCUGCGUUCUAUAAGUCCAUGAUCGUGAACUGUCCGCCGGCUAUUUCUAAGAUUGUGAGCCCGUUAACAGCAGGCUUGGUAGAUCUCCAGCAGCUUUUAAAAGGCCAAAUUAAGGAAAUGACAGAGGACCCUAGCACAUUGGAGAAGCUUCCGCACUCCCGGACAGUUUUUCACGAGCUGUUGCGACCAGAGGCGUACAAGAGCCGGACCGUACCAUGUGCAGACAGCCUCUAUGAAGAAGCGCAAGCCCUUAUGUUUGGCGGCGCAGAUACAACCGGCACAACCCUCAUGCAUGGUACUUUUUACAUAUUGAAACAACCUGAAGUGUAUCGAAGAUUGAAAGAAGAGAUUCAUGCUGUCUGGCCGAACCUGAACACGCUCCCUGAUUUGACUGACCUGGAGAAACUGCCUUAUCUUACUGCUGUUCUCAAAGAGUCAUUGCGCAUGAGUCCGGGUGUCGCAUCUGCGCUUCCAAGGAUUGUGCCACCCUCGGGCGCUAAAAUAUCAGGACAAUUCAUUCCCGGUGGAACCGUGGUAGGGAUGAGCAGCCACUUUGUGCACCGCAGCGAAACCGUUUUUGAGAAGCCGAACGAGUUUAUCCCUGAUCGCUGGCUCGGAGAAAAGGGAUCGCAACUCGAUAAAUGGCUCUUUAGCUUCUCUCAUGGCCCUAGAAGUUGCCUAGGUCAAAACCUUGCAUGGGCAGAACUAUACUUCUGUUUUGCGCACCUUUACCGGAAAUUUGACAUUGAAAUGGAUCCGUCAAGGUAA